AUGAAUAGCGGAAAUUAUGAUAAGGAAGGGGAAGACAGUUUUUCUUUUUACACCAACAUAUCCGAAGGAAUACACGGAAAAUAUAAAUUAAAGAGUGAAACCACAAAAAUAAAUGAUAGUACAAAAAAUAUAAAGACUGAUAGGACGACAAAAAUAGGGAUAACCUUUUUGUGUGUCAGCAUAUGUGGAAAUUAUAUAGCCAUUGUAAGUGAAAGUCACAAUAAUGUUGUAAGGGUUUAUUAUGCUGAAAACUUUUCUUGUAUAGUUAUAUUACAACAGCAAAAAAAAAUAAUGAACAUACGAUGGGACAGUAUAUUAUACAAACCAAGGUUAAAACAAAUUAUUUAUUUAUUUGGUGAAACUGGAUAG